AUGGAUCCCGAUAAUCAUGGCUACAUGCAAGACGAUGUUGAUUUUGAUGGUCUACUGAACAAUGCUCCUGUCUGGCCGAAUACAGCAGAUGAAUACGGAUUUCAACCUCAGCAAUCACAACCUCAGCAACAGCAACAAGCUCAACAGCAGCAUAUACAAUCAGAUCCAUAUGCUAGAUAUUCGGCUAAUCAACCUUCUUAUGGACAUCAGUAUGAUCUCUCUCAUCAACAACCCUCAUACAAUUCGCUAUCAUACUCGAAUAAUCCGGCAUAUGCUGCUCAGUACCAACAUGCCAGACCAUCAGACUUGUUCGGUCCUACCUCUUACAAUCUUGAUCCUUCUAUGCAAGAAUCAAACACCUACCAUGGAACCCAAGGUUCUUUUCCCUAUCAAGAAAGUGCGACCCAACAUCCUACAGUUUCUCCUCAAACUCUUCAGUACAACAUGUUGGCUCAACAGCAAUUGAAUAAUGGGAUCGUAUCGGCCACUUUUCAACGAUCAAAUAGUGGAAUUGGAGGUAAACCUGAUUAUAAUUAUGGCCAGAGACAAAGCAAUGAUAACCAUUUCUUCAAUCAACCUCAGAAUGGUGUUUUGCCACAGAAAAAGGCCCAGAACGUGCCCAACAAUACUGUGCGGUAUUCUCCAGUUACCACAGAUCCUGGUUUAAAGGAGGAGGUGAAGAAAUAUACCCCGCUUGAGGACAAACAAUCUCUCGCGGCGCUUGCUGCUGCUGCUCCGCGUCAGCGAGAGAUGAUUCCUGAAUACCGACACAUUGCUCCGGCAAACACACUUCGAGUCACUCAUCCCAAUCUCGUUGCGAACAAUACUUCUUCACGACUUCGAUUUCCAUAUGCUCCAUUUGUUUCAUGGGAAGAUAUGCCUGUACAAGUGGCUCCGGGACUGAAAAACACCAUUCCGAAAUUUCACCCGAGAAAAUCAAGAAGUGGAAAAGAGCUUGUAGUGGGAUUAACCAAAUCAAAAAUCUCAACACCGGCAAAUGUUUCACAGAAAAUUCGCGUCCCCAAGAGAAAGAAAGCACACGUUAGUACUUACAAAGGCACUGGCCGUUCGGCAUUUGAUAAAGAUCUCAACAUACGUGCUGAUGGGACAAACACACCAACCAAGUCUCCUUCAACACCCAUAGAAUCAAGUUCUUCUGAGGAAGAAUCAAGUUCGGAAGAAGAGUCUGAUUAUGAAGAUGACGAGGACGAAGAGAUGCCACCUCCAAUAGAUAUCAGUACCGUUCGUGAGCUCAUACGUCCCACUGAUACUCCUAAUGCUGCCCGAUGGGAUGCUAUAGGUAUCAUCUGGAAGGACCCCAACUCCAGUCCAAGUGCGGCGGCUAUUACAAGUGCUAUGAACGAUUAUGCCAAUACUAUUAUCGCACUUCGAACCCAAAUCAAGGAUGUUGCAGCAAAGAUUGACGAAGCAACCAAGUCCAAAGCUCCCGAAGCACAAUUACAAAGACUCAAGAAUCUCCAAGGCGAGCAAACCGAUGCUUUGUACCAAACGAUUGAGGCAGCAAACAAGCUUGGCUACGGUCCAAUUGUCGAAAAUCUUGGUGGUCACCAGAAGUUGGUAAGUAGUCUGACAGCCACACUCAUCGAAUGUACGAAAUCAGAUGACUAUCUUGGUAAACUUCCACGAGCUAUAUUCGCUUUACUUGCCAAAUUUCAAACACUCACCGAGGAGUUGCUUAAGAAGAGUAAAUUUGAUGCUAUCGCGAAGCGUUGGAAUAAGAAAGGAGACCAGGAAAUCAAAAAUUACAUUAGAAUUAUAAUGGAGAGCACAACCGAUGCAAAGAAAAAGGCUUCUAAUGUAGAGAAGACACUGGCUAGCGUUGAAGAGACUAAGAAGAAGCUUGAAAAGAUAGAACAAAUUAAAUCUCGAACUGCUGAAAUCAUAAAGCCCACAGCGACUAAUCCAAGUUCGAAGAGACCUUAUGAGGGAAACAGCAACAAUGGCAAAUCAAACAAAAAGUUUGCUACUGAUGUUUCCGGCACCCCUACUUCGACACCAAAAUUGCCUCCAAUACCUAAGAGAUCUACUAACCUUCUUGGCAUCUCCUCUAAGCCAAAUCCAAAGCCUGCUCCAAAGAUUGCGCCACCUAAGAAGAAGGAACCAUCCCCACCAAUUUCAUCCAGAUUAGGGGAUAUCUUGGCCAGCAUCGAGAAGCCCCCUGAGCCACCGAAGAAGGCUGCACCGGCGGUAGGACCUCCAGAGACGCCAGAGGAGAAGAAACGCCGUGAGCGAAAAGAAAGCCGACGACACCUUAGAGUCAAAUUUAAGCCAGAUGAUGAGCUUGCGCAGAUUCGUCUGUUCAAACACGAGGUGGCAGAAGAUGAGGGACGACAAGAUAACAUGUUGAGAGAUGCGCAUAACAAUCACUCCGAAGGUAUGAUGCACAAGCAACGUGUUAAAGUUGCAGAUGACGAGGAUGAUGAACCUAUGUCUGCUACGAUUGAAGAUCGACCUUAUCCUACUUUGGUCCAAGUCGACCUUUCAAACCUUGAUAAAAAUACAACAUACGGUCCAAGUUAUAUCACCAGAGGCGGAAAUGUCAAAUUUGUUACCCCGGAGCAACAGGUACAAGAGCGACGAGAGGCCAACGAGUUACUUGUUAUCUAUACUGAUCCUUCAGAAAUUCCACCAUCUGCGAAAGAACCAUCUGCUGCAAAUGACGCCGCUAAUGCUAUGGCAAGACAAUUGAAGUACCCAAAUACUCCUUGGUUGAUACAGCGACUCCAUGACAUUCAUCAGUAUGGUCCAGAAUAUGCACGUACCCUUGCAAUUGGUCGUCUUGAAGAAAGAAAGUACAAAGAAUUACGUGACAACCAAGCACGCGGUUUCUCACAAAAUGCUUCAUCUUCAAAUGAAGUUUCUUCAACAUUACAACAAAUUGCUGGAGCACCACAAUCCAAGCCUAGCAUGGAUGCAGCAGCAUGGGAUAACUUGCAACGUAUUGUCGCAACGUUGAAAUGCAAACCAUAUCCAGCCACCGAGCCACCUGAAUGGAUGAAUGAAACUUCGAAGAAUGAUUGGUGGGUUGGUUACAAUAAGGAUUACCCUAAUGCCGCAGAAGAGAGAUUGUUUGCCCAACUUCAAGCUCCUCAGGCGCCACCCGCACCACCAAUGGUACCUGCUAUGCCGAUUCCUCAAAUGCAAAGUUAUCAACCACAACUAAACCAGCCGAUUAUGAAUUAUCAAGGAGCUGUUCCCGACGUCAAUCAACAAGUUCAACUUCAACAGUAUCUUGCGGGUUUGACUGGAAACAACAAUAACACCAAUGUUGAUAGUAAUUCAUCUUCAACUCCUCAACAAUUUGACUUCAGCGCCUGGUCCAAUAAUCCUGCACUCCAAGGCUAUGCACCUACCACUCCCAAUGAUAGUGCUCAAUCACAACAAUGGGCUUCCAGCUAUCAAAAUGAUGAACAUCGGGAAUCUCGAACCAAAAGCAAUCAAUAUAAUGAUGUUUGGAAGAGGAAGAAUGGUUCAGAAUGGAAGAACAACUCAGAGUGGAAGAGAGAUUCGAAAUGGGAACCAUUGGACGAAAAUGGGAAUUACAAGGGCAAGAAACAACCAUGCAAAUUUUGGGGAGAGGGUAAAUGUGCCAAGGGUACAGCUUGUACUUAUUCUCAUGAGCCUGAAGAUCAGGGUAUGAGUGGAGGUGGACGAGAUCGAUAUUAA